AUGAGCGUGUCUGUAACAUUGCAGGGCGUGAUCAGGGAUGAUGAAAACAAUGGCAAUGUGAAGACCCUAAAUUAUCAGAGCUCUGUUAAGGAAAUUGUCAAGGAUCUCAUAGCCGCUUGGUCCUCGCCGCUUGUGUACCUAAAGGAUCGCGGCUACCUGAGCGCACCAGAUAUCGGAUUUGAUAUGCUGCUGGGCAAAAGGCAAACAAACGAGUUGAAGGACGACAAACAUGGGGAACGUAAGGCGCGCUCAAAUGAGGAGGAGACGCCCAACGAUCUGAGCCAUCUUUUUCGCACCCUCUUCUCGUCCAGCGACGUCAGCAACGUCUCGGACAAGAUCAAAACCAAAAUGGGCGUACCCUGGGACAUGAACGCGCUCAAGAAUUCGGUGCGCAACGAGGCCUUCAAAUAUUACGAGAAGUUCUACGACAAACGCAAUCAGCAGGCAUCCAAGAAUCAGGGGGACGGGGAAACGGAUAUAGACAGGCAGGUGGCACAGCUAUAUCCAUCGGUGGUAUUCACGCCCAACAAGGAGCACGUCGACGAGGAGGAGAAAAAGGUCAUCGAGGAAGUGGCCACAAGCCACAAGGAGCCCAAGCUGGUCAACGGAAUUGCCAAGCUGCUGAGCAGCCGGGCCAAGCCGAUGCCGCUGCAGCAGGAGCAGCAGGAGCAGCAGGAGCAGAAGGAGCAGCAGGAAAAGCAGAAGAAACAGGCGCUAGACGACUAA